AUGGCUGCGGCAACUAGAACUUCGUCUCGUCAGGCUGCCCAGAAGGCCAAAGAAGCCAUCGCGGCGGCCCCUGAUACCAAAAGCAAGGGUGGCGCUGGCACUAAGCGCAAGGAAGCUGCACAGAAGGGCCCGGAGCCGAAGAAGGAAAAGAAAGAGGAGCAUAAGCCCACAGAAGAUGAGGUGAUGAAGGAAGAACCGAAGCCCGAGGAAGAGAAGCCAGUCGAACAGAACGAAGAGAAGAAAGAGCCUGAAGCUCCGGCUCCUGAGGGAAAGGAGAAGGAAACAGGUGAACCGCAGCAGCCGGAGCAGCCUGCCGAGCCAGCUCCUGAAGGGAAGAAAGAAGAGAAGCAUGAUGAAGGUGCGCCUCCACCUGCGGCGGAGAAAGCAGAAGCUACUGAAGAACCCCCCAAAGAGAAGCCUGAGCCUUCAGCCGGACAGGAAUCCGCUGGCGAAGGAAAACCCAAGGAAAGAGAAGAGAUUGUCCCCUCGAAUGUCCUCGAAAAGGGAAUCAUCUACUUCUUCUUCAGGCCCCGCGUGAAUGUGUCGGAACCGCACGGCGUGUCUGAUGUCGCCCGGAGUUUCUUCGUUCUACGACCCACGUCUAUGGGCGCAGUCUUCAACGAAUCCGGUCCUAUGGACGAGGGGGCCAAAUGUCGUCUGAUGAUGCUCCCCAAGAAGAAGUACCCGACUAGCCCCAAAGAACGCGAUAUGGGGUUCGUCGAGAAGGCCGGGGUGUCUAUGAAACAGCUGCAAGAAAGCUUCCUGGCUGGCGAAACAUAUGAGACUGAAACCAGAGGCGAACGCACUGUUCCCGAAGCCAAGCCGUACGCGGAAGGCGUCUACGCCAUCACGCGCACCAAACGCGCCUCUCACCUGGCCUACGUGCUAACCAUUCCGGGAGAAUUGGGUCAAGUUCAAGAAGACUUUGGACUGUAUUCCCGGGGCAGCUUUAUCAUGCAGGCCAAGAAUCCAAAGUUCCCGGGCCCAUCGUUUGCGCAGCUCCCUAAGGAUCCCGAGUACCCCGAAAGUGUGCGCGAGAAGUUCGGCGAUUACCGCUGGAUUCCACUGGAACCGGAGCUCAUGGACUACCCCAACGCGCAGUUUCUCAUGAUCGGCGAGGCGCAACAGGAGCUUGGAAAAGCCGCUGUUGCAGAGCCCGGCGAUAAGCACAAUGAGGGAUUGGGCUCUGACGAUACGCAGGCGAUGACACGGUAUACGAGGAUCUGGGACUCCACGCGAAGAACCAUCCGAAGCUGCCGACGACUUGGGCAUAGUGAUGCAGCGUGUAACAAUAAACUGAGAUGUACUCGUAUCUGUAUCUGGAAGCGCCGCUGCUGGUGCCAUUGCGCCCCAAAUGCCUCUACUAUCGUGAACCAGACCACUUGCGGCGGUCAUACGUACGCCUACACCGGCCUGGAAGGGUACGGCUAUCUGCCAUCUAACGCUGUUGACAAGUACGGCGAUACUCUCGGAGGCAUUGGCAGUUCGGCCGCUAUCGACCGGACAUCCUGGCGUCGGACCGGUCCUGGAUCCUACUCCGGCAUCGUGUGGUGUCUCCCAGACAGGGGCUGGAACACCAACGGAACACUCAACUUCCAAUCGCGCCUCCACAAGCUGGCCCUUACCCUCCAGCUGGCGCCCAAUGCCUCGGCGCAGAACCCCUCCAGCCCCAACCUGCAACUCAAGUAUCUGGACACGAUCCUCCUGACCGGCCCAGACGGCGAGCCCACAACAGGUCUCGAUGCCGAUAGCACCGGAUACGCAACCUACCCGGGCUUCCCGCCUCUUCCCGUCGCAACAUACACCGGGGAUGGCUUCGGCGGAGACGGGCCCGGCGGCAAGCGCAUCUCCAUCGACGCGGAGGGUCUCGUCCUCGACCGGGACGGCGGGUUCUGGGUGUCCGACGAGUACGGGCCUUACAUCUAUAAAUUCGACCGCGAUGGAAGAAUGGUGCAUGCCAUCCAGCCGCCGGAGGCCAUCCUGCCGCAUCGCAACGGCUCCCUCAGCUUCAGCGCGGCAAGUCCGCCCAUCUACGACCCCGACCAGACGGUGACCCCUGCGGAUACCGAGUCCGGCCGCAACAACAACCAGGGCCUGGAGGCGCUAACUAUGUCGCCGGAUGGCAAGACCUUGUACGCCAUGCUCCAGUCCGCACUGGACCAGGAGGGCGGGCCGAAGAAGAAGAACCGCCAGCCGGCGCGGGUCCUCGAGUACGACAUUGCCUCCGGCACACCCAAGUACAAGCAUGAGUACGUCGUCAUGCUGCCAAAGUACAAGGAUUACACGAAGGACGACGAGGAGGUGGUUGCGUCGCAGUCGGAGAUCUUGCAGCUCCCCACGGGCGACUUCCUGGUCCUUGCCCGGGACUCCGGGUUUGGCCAUGGUCAAGACGAGAGUCGAUCUGUGUACCGACAUGCGGAUAUCUUUUCGAUCUCGCGCGCGACGACGGAUCUGAAAGGGAAGUACGACGGAGUUGGGGCUUCGAUCGCCUCGUCAAAGGGCGAGCUGGAUGCAAGGAUUGUUCCUGCCGAGUACUGCCCGUUCCUGGACUUUAAUGUCGCCUCCGAACUGGCCAAGUUUGGCCUCCACAACGGUGGGGAGCAGGAUGCGUUGCUUUUGAAUGAGAAGUGGGAGAGUCUGGCCCUUGUGCCUGUCGAUCCGGCAUCGCCCAACCACCGUAAGGCAUCUUCCGGCCAUCACAAGGAGAGGGAUUACUUUCUCUUUAGCUUCAGUGAUAACGACUUUGUCACUCAGGAUGGGCAUAUGAACUUUGGCGCGUUCAAGUAUGCAGAUGAAACGGGCUAUAACGUCGAUAGUCAGGUCUUGGUCUUUCGGGUGCAGAUUUGA